UCUUGCUUGCCGUUGUUCUGUUGUUGGGGGAUUCGUUUUGGUUUGGUUUGUUGUUGGUUGGUUGGUGCCUUUGUUUGUUUUGUUUUUUGGAGUUGGUGUUGGGUGAAGGCACAACCAAUGCUGCAUAGGUGAAUGUGCACGCUGACGGAUCGAUGCCAACCCCUUGGCCCGCAACGCAUUCCUCCGAACCCAAAGGCAGGCAGGUUGCGCUGCCUGUUUAAAAGAGCUUCAUCACUUGCGACACGCAGUCAGCACGAACCAGCCAUUUCUCUUGUUGAUCGCAGCAGCCAGCAGCAGCCCUUAUUGACCCAGCACUCCCUCAACUGAACACACGCCCAACCGCCGCACCGACCGCUGUGCCUGCCUCCUUCAACGCAGAUGGAGCUGUCGUCAUCCGGAACGCCAAACUCUGCCAUGUACCGACAAGGGAGGAAAGCACCUGCCAACGAGAUUUCCUUCCCCACACCAGCCGCCCAACGCCCUGUGCUGCGCCCGCCAUUCCUGAGCCAAACCAGAGCCCGCGGUGACUCGAACGCCAGCACCAGUAGCUCAAGCACCGCCACAACCACGAACACAAGCUCAAGUAGCGGCUGGACAUCUUCCGCCAACUCGUCCGUGUGCACAAGCACAUCAAGCAGCACCACAGCAAGCAACCGCGGAAGCUUCUUGACAUACAACGGCUCCAACAACAGCACCAGCAGCCCCCUCACCCACAUGAUGAACACCGCAUCCAACCCCACCAAGGAAGGCGACAACGCUGCCAUGCUGCACACAGCAGCAAAGGAGGCAAACACGCUCGAACCGUCCCCGUCCAUGUCCCAGGAGCAAGCGCCAUCGAAGCACGACAAGGUGCCUGCUCGCAAGGGCUCGAAGGAAAGCCUGUUGCGCCUGCUGGGUGGCGAUGAGCCCACACACCAACAAAGCCAGCAAGAGCCGCAGGAACAAGACCAAGAGCCAGGCCAGGGCGGCCGUGCAGACAAGGCGCGGGACAGCGAGGAAGCCGAUGAAAUUGCAGACACGCUCUCUCCUCUCACCAUUAGCUCACCGUCGCCACAACGAGAGGGCCGUUCCCCCCGCAGGCGCGCUGUGCGUGCACCCAGCGCGUUCUCCAGUGCGCCCUGGUUUAACCGCCGCGCACCGACGGAGCACGAGCCCAAGGCGCGCCGCCGGUCGCAGUCGGAGCCACCAGCCAUGCGCUGUACGGACGCGCUCGCAGCCAUCCCCGAGGCAAGCGAGGAAGAGGAAGAGCGUGCGCAGAAGCAAGCAGAGGAGGAGGAGGAGGCCCGGCAACGGCAGCUGGGUGGACUCAACCUUGCUGGUCACCGCGCUGGCGCGAGGGCCAACAUGGGCAUGGGUCCACACGGACGCCACCCCGGACCACCCGGCAUCGGGCACCGCGGCGUUGGAUCGGACACCAACCUGCUUCGACCAAACCCUGACAUGCGAGCGCGCAGCCAGUCGCUUGAUUCCAAGUCUCGCCCGCGUGUCCGGCACCGCAGUCCCCUUGGUGGCACGUUCAACCCCAUUGGCGCACCCGCCCCUGGUCGCCCGCGCUCCAUCAGCCCGUCACCGCUUAAGCAAUCCAGCCGGCUGAAGAAUGCAGUGACGCUGCCCACGUCGCCUUCCUCGUCACCCAGCAAGCCCACAUCCGCUGUGUCAACCAGUGGCCCUUGCAGCCCCGCCAGCAACCCGCACACCCGGCCCCGCGCCGCCACCACUGCCGGCCUGAUUGGUCGCCCCUUGAGGCCUUCCCCUGCUGCAGCCGCGAUGAAAGCCACGACCAAGACACCACCCCCGCCAACGCAGUCGCAAGCAGCGUCAACGCCAAAGUCACCGCUGCUGCUUGCCCUGAGCCGCAGCAACCCCACCACGCCCGGCACCCACGCUGGCGACGGCGACGGCAAUGGUGAUGGCGAGGGCACGCGAGCCGACGGUACCAGAUUUGAGUUUCCACGGCAGAUGUAGUGGAUGGGUCGAUGGGAGUAAGGAAGAGUGGGGUGGCUCUUCGGAAGAGGAAACAUCAUGCAGCAGUGUCCUGUGCGUGCGUGUGCAUGUGUAUGUAUGUGUGCGGGGAUGCGCACGAAGAGGGAUGUGUACUCAGUGUUUACAUCGUGUGUUCGGUGUGUUGUGUUUUCGAGCGGUUCAUCAUCAUUAUGUCUGUCUUCACUUGUGUCUGUGCCAGUCUUUACCAGUGCCCUCUCCCUUGCGCUUCUGCGUCUCUGUGAUACUGAAACGAUUUAUUUACCGUCCUACCAUCGAGUCCUUGUUCUUUCGUUGUUCUGUUGUUUGAUAGCUUGAUUGAAUGCACGCUCACGCGCCAACAGACUUAUUUCCUUACAUCUGUGUGAGCGUGAGCUAUUCAGCUUUGUAUGGUCACGAGUGAUUUUAGUCAACAUCACACCCUUCACCGCAAUGCUGCAGCUGGUGGUGCUCGUGCCACUUCCAAAGCUGUUGCUGCGUGGGACUGUGUACCCGUGGUGGUUUGUGUAUGAUGUUGUGUGUGUGUGUGCGUGUGUGUGCUGAGUGAAUUAUUUGCCGUUCUCGUUUUGCCACUUACGUGCCAUGAAUCGUACCUCCCUGCUCGUCCUCGUUUUUUCUCUCUCUCUGUCUCUUUCAUAUUGCGUCACAUGCAUGCAUGGGUUGUGUACGUGUGUUUCCCUGUACUAAGUCGUGUUUGUCCUCGUUUAGUUGCGCGUCAUUUCUUGCGUCGUACUCGUAGUUCUUUUCGUCUCACAAAUGCCCGUCAUUACAAAUGACAGCCUGAA